AUGAUUCGAGUCCCGUUGAGGACUGCCGGUUCUGCUUUUCGUGGAAGUUCCAACGAGUCAAGCGCAUCCUCACUAGCCUGGGACAUGGUGCUGCCAGUCCUUGCAGCCAAACGGGCGGCUUUUCACCGGACAUCUGUAGACUUUCGGCCAACUCAUUCUGACUACAGACAGCAGCCUGCGCAUGUUGCUCGCCGGAGCAGUCUCUCGAGCCUGAGUCUACAAGACUUGCUGUUGUCGGGUCGCCAAAUAGCUCGUCUGGAAGAGCGCUAA